AUCUCUCUCUCUCUCUCUCUCUCUCUCGAACUACUCUCUGUCUAGACCCUCUAUCUCUCCCCGCCUCGUAUUUCUCCAUUUCGUCAUCAAACCCUAAAACUCAUGUCUUCCUCGCUCUCCAGCUCUCUACAGAUUUCCUCGACGAAAGAGAAAUAUAUUAAAAAUGGCCCGUUUUUCUCCAUAGCUUUUAUCAUCCCCUCGUCAAAGCCCUAAUCCAUAUCCUUCUGCCAUCUCUUCUUUCUACAAAUCUCUGCGACAAAAUUUUUCUCUCUCUCUCUCUCUCUUCUCGCCAUAGCCCCUCGCGUUCUGGACCGGUAACCUUAGUUUUCCAUUUUACCUAAAAUUUUUGGCAAUUAUUGAUAAAAAAUCUCUCUCCCUCUCUUAAAUUUUUUUUUUCUCACUUUUUGUAUUUUCAUGGGGGACUUGAGGGUUCAAUCCUAUUUCCUUCAAAACAAUAUUUUCUUUAAAAGAAAACACCCCAUUUCCUUUCUCCUUGGUCGUUUUUUUGCCUGUAAAUAUAGCUCAGAUCCCUCCCCCGUUCUCUCUCUCUCUCUCCAGCUCUGUAGAAUUAUAUUUAUGUGCUCUUCUCGUAUAUCUUCAAGCAGAGAUAGCAGGUUCCAAUUUUAGAGAACUGUUGUCUCUCCUCUUAUCUCCUUAGGUUGAAUCUGAGGGUUCUUCAUUUCUCUAUCGAUUCUUAGUCUAGGUUUCGUUGGAGAGUUUGCGUGAAUCUGAGUCUUUUCACGUUCUUCUUGUUCUUUUGCUCGAAACUGAGAGCCUUUCCAUUAUCUUAGUUUUUCAGGGAAUUUACGUUCUUCUUGUUCUUUUGCGUGAAACUGAGAGCCUUUCCACUAUCUUAGUUUUUCGGGGAAUUUAUCUUGGAUCUCGAAGAUCGCUCUCUUUAUUGGUUAUUUUGGGUAUAAUCAGAGUUGCUUUAUCUAACUGUAUUUCUCUCACUAAUUCUCGCCCUUUCUAUAUUUCGUGGUACUUGGGGCUUUUUUCUUGAAGUCGUAAAAGAGAGUGAUGAAUAAUCGAAGGGGCUAUCUCCCAUCUUACGGUGGGACUCCACAGAGGCUUCCACAACAAAUCGUUCAGAGAGGGCCAUUACAAAAUCAACAGCAGCAGCAACAAUGGCUCAGGAGAGACCAAGUUGAAGAGGAGAAGAGGGUUACCUCGGAAGAUGCAGCUUCAAGCUCUCAAGAUUGGAAGGCCCAACUUAAAAUUCCCCCAAAGGAUUCACGCUACAAGACAGAGGAUGUAACUGCUACAAAAGGCAAUGAGUUUGAAGACUAUUUUCUGAAGAGGGAAUUGCUAAUGGGCAUAUAUGAGAAGGGAUUUGAAAGGCCUUCACCAAUUCAGGAAGAAAGCAUCCCUAUUGCGUUAACUGGUAGUGACAUUCUUGCCAGGGCAAAAAACGGAACGGGGAAGACCGCUGCGUUCUGCAUUCCCGCCCUAGAAAAAAUUGAUCAAAAUAACAAUGUUAUUCAAGUUAUUAUAUUGGUACCUACGCGAGAGUUGGCCCUUCAGACGGCUCAGGUGUGUAAAGAGCUUGGGAAACAUUUGAAGAUUCAGAUCAUGGUGACCACUGGAGGAACAAGUUUGAAGGAUGAUAUCAUGCGUCUGUAUCAACCAGUCCAUUUGUUAGUUGGAACACCUGGAAGGGUACUUGACCUUGCAAAGAAGGGUAUUUGCAAUUUGAAGGAUUGCACCAUGCUUGUUAUGGAUGAGGCCGACAAACUUUUGUCUCAAGAAUUUCAACCUUCGGUGGAGCAGUUGAUUGGUUUUCUUCCUCCAAAUAGACAGAUCUUAUUGUUCUCAGCGACAUUUCCUGUUACUGUUAAGGAGUUCAAAGACAAAUUUCUCCGGAAGUCAUACAUCAUUAAUCUGAUGGAUGAACUAACUCUCAAGGGUAUAACUCAGUAUUAUGCUUUUGUAGAGGAAAGGCAAAAGGUUCACUGCCUCAACACCCUUUUCUCUAAGCUUCAAAUCAACCAGUCUAUCAUUUUCUGCAACUCUGUAAACCGUGUAGAGCUUCUAGCUAAGAAGAUUACAGAGCUCGGUUACUCGUGCUUCUACAUACAUGCUAAGAUGUUGCAAUCUCAUCGUAACCGGGUCUUCCAUGAUUUCCGUAAUGGUGCAUGUCGAAACCUUGUUUGUUCAGAUUUAUUCACAAGGGGUAUUGACAUUCAAGCUGUUAAUGUUGUAAUCAACUUUGACUUUCCAAGGAACUCAGAAACUUAUCUACACAGGGUUGGCCGAUCUGGGAGAUUUGGUCACCUUGGUCUUGCUGUCAAUUUAAUCACAUACGAGGACCGCUUCAGCUUGUAUCGGAUUGAGCAAGAGCUUGGAACUGAAAUAAAGCCAAUUCCCCCGCAAAUAGACCAGGCCAUCUAUUGCAAAUGAUCUGUUUAGUGCCGUUCUUUGCUGCAGUUCAAGCAUAGUCAUAAAAAUCCUGCAUCCUUGUGCAAGGCUCCUAUAGACCCUGUUUUGGAUCCGGUUUUCCCUUCCGAGUCAUGUUGCUACUGUUUAUCCGAGUACCUUUGAGGUGUAGGCGCACGAACUGCUUGUGGGCUGAUUUCUUUUUAGGGCUCAUGACAGUUAGUGCCGUGCUACAGAUAUGGUAUGGCCACUCUUUUAGGGUGUUUUGCAUUUCCCUUUUGUUCAGUUACUCGAGGCUGACAUGUUUUGACUGUCAUCCCUCGUGCUUUUGGUUUUAGAGUUCCUUACAUAGUUUCUUACAUGGUUUCUUAUGUUGUUGUUUGUAGAAGACUUCCUCCGUUAUUGGAAAAAAAGGAAAAAAGAAAAAAAAAAGUGGAAUUAUGUUGGUCUUGUCUUUAGAUGACAUUUAUUUGAGAAAGUUGUGAGAGUAGUCAGACAUAGAGAAUGGUCUUCUUGGA